AUGGCAACAGGAAGCAUCCUCCAUGGUUAUGGCCGGUGGAUGCCAGAGGACUUCGGGCUUCGUCGAGCCUGGAUAUCAACGCUUCUUGACCAAACUGAUGGAUUGAUUCCUCCAACUCUGGGGGACAGACAACCAAACCCAGUUGAUGAGUUCCGACAGCUAAUUGAAAACGAUUCGACUUUAUACAUGCUUGCCAAUGCUAUGUUCGAGGAAAUCCCCACCAAAGCCCCCUAUGACAAAGACCCGACCACGCUCAAGAAACAAGUCCGAAACUACAAAACCAUGCUGUAUCUAUUCAAUACUCUCCUGACCAGGGUUCCCGAGUGGUUUGUGCAGAAUGGUGUACCGAGUGGUCUCAUUGGCUUUCCGUUCAAUAUCAUCGUGGACUGGCCUAUGGGUACGGUAAGUGGGCGCCAGUUCUUCCUGGAUCCUCGAGUCAACAAAUGUCUCGAGCGUAUCCUGAACAAGUGGGGUGAAUACCUCAAAAAUCGCAACGGAGGAAACCAAGCUCUGAUUAUAGCUGGGUGGAGCAAGCCCGAGGCAAUCAAGCAGUUGGAGAAUAAGGCAAACGAGGUCACAGGGAUUGCCAGGAAAUUCGAUCAGUUGUUCGAAUUCCCUGCCGGUGGCACUCCGCAAAACUUCUUCAACUAUGCCUGCUGGGAUGACUUCUUCACCCGCAAAUUCAAGACUGAUGUUCGCCCCUUAGAUCCGUCGGCAGUCGUCAAUGCCUGUGAAUCUUUCCCGCUGGCAUUUGACACGGAUGUCUCGAGACGUAACACCUUUUGGUUGAAGGGCACCCCAUACUCGCUCCGUGAUAUGCUCGGAGCCAAAGAAGACGGUGAGGUUGCAAACUAUGUUCAACGGUUUGUUGGUGGCGCCGUCUACCAAGCUUUCCUCAGUGCGGAUUCCUACCACUGCUGGCAUGCCCCCGUAAAAGGUGAGGUUGUAUAUCGAACCGUUCUCAAGGGAACGUACUAUGCCGAAACGGCAGCGGCGGGAUUUGGAGGUUCAAGUGGCCCUGAUCCAGCUGGUCCGGAUCUAUCCCAGCGGUAUAUCACCCAUGUGGCCACUCGGGGGGUUCUUAUCAUCAACACGGACGUCCAAGAUGGUGCAAAUAUCGGACUUGUGGCCUUUAUUCCAGUUGGCAUGUCCGAGGUAUCGACUUGUAAGUGGGAGGAUAGUCUUAUGGUGGGGACGGUUGUCGACAAGGGGGAUCUCGUGGGUGCUUUCCAUGGUGGUGGCUCUACUCAUUGCCUGGUCUUUGAAAGAAAAGCGGUGGAAAAGCUGCAGUUCAAUCCCAAGGCACAGUACCCCGAGAUAGCGUCGGUAAAUCUCGGAGUGAGAAGUGAAUUGGCUAAAGUUGUGUGA